AUGGGUAGAGUUAUUCGUAACCAAAGAAAAGGUGCUGGUUCAAUCUUCACCGCUCACACCAGAUUAAGAGAAGGUGCUGCUAAACUAAGAACCUUAGAUUAUGCUGAACGUCAUGGUUACAUCCGUGGUGUUGUCAAACAAAUCAUCCACGAUGCUGGUAGAGGUGCCCCAUUAGCUAAAGUUGUUUUCCGUGAUCCAUAUAAAUACAAAUUACGUGAAGAAACUUUCAUUGCUAACGAAGGUGUUUACACUGGUCAAUUUAUCUACGCUGGUAAAAAGGCUUCAUUAAACGUUGGUAACGUUUUACCAUUAGGUUCAGUCCCAGAAGGUACUAUUGUUUCAAACGUUGAAGAAAAACCAGGUGAUCGUGGUGCUGUUGCCAGAACUUCUGGUAACUACGUUAUCGUUAUUGGUCACAACCCAGACGAAAACAAAACCAGAAUUAAAUUACCAUCUGGUGCUAAAAAAAUUGUUUCAUCAGAUGCCAGAGGUGUCAUUGGUGUUAUUGCCGGUGGUGGUCGUGUUGAUAAACCAUUAUUGAAAGCUGGUAGAGCCUUCCACAAAUACAGAGUUAAACGUAACUCAUGGCCAAAAACUCGUGGUGUUGCUAUGAAUCCAGUUGACCAUCCUCACGGUGGUGGUAACCAUCAACAUAUUGGUAAAGCUUCAACCAUUUCAAGAGGUGCUGUUCCAGGUCAAAAGGCUGGUUUGAUUGCUGCUAGAAGAACUGGUUUGUUACGUGGUUCUCAAAAAACUCAAGAUUAA